AUGACUCACUCCUGCUGCUCCCCGUGCUGUCAGCCCACCUGCUGUGAGCCCAGCUGCUGCCGGCCUUGCUGCCCCCCAACUUGCUAUCAGACUAGUGAAAACACCUGCUGUAGGACCACCUGCUGCAAACCUACAUGUGUGACCACCUGCUGUCAGCCCACCUGUGGUGGGUCCAGCUGCUGCCAGCCUUGCUGUCGCCCUGCCUGCUGUCAGACCACCUGCUGCAGGACCACCUGCCUCAAGCCUACGUGUGUGACCACCUGCUGUCAGCCCACCUGCUGUGAGCCCAGCUGCUGCCGGCCUUGCUGUCGCCCUGCCUGCUGUCAGACCACCUGCUGCAGGACCACCUGCCUCAAGCCUACUUGUGUGACCACCUGCUGUCAGCCCACCUGUGGUGGGUCCAGCUGCUGCCGGCCUUGCUGUCUCCCUGCCUGCUGUCAGACCACCUGCUGCAGGACCACCUGCUGCAAGCCCACCUGUGUGACCACCUGCUGUCAGCCCACCUGCUCUCACUGUACACCCGUGUACUGCCACAGACUCUGCUACCACCCCACGUGCUGCUGCCUCCUUGGGUGCCAAGACCAGAGCUGUGGAUCCAGCUGCUGCCAGCCUUGUAUUUGCCCUGUCUGCUGUCAGACCACCUGCUGUAGGACCACCUGCUGCUGCCCCAGCUGUGUGUCCACCUGCUGCCCUUCCUCCUGCUGA